UCGGUCACUUUUUUCCUUAAUUCACCAUUGAGCAAUGAAUUUUUCUCAGUUAAACCGGUUAUAUACUCCACCAAUACGUCAGCAUCUGAAAUUGAACUAAUUGGAGUAUUUUCUUGUAAGACUUUCUCAAAUGCUGAUAUUAAAUCCCCUUUUCUUUUCUCGGUCUUGUAUGCAUCAAGUAAGACUGGAUAUUUUUCUUCAUAUUUGGCAAACUUCUUCAUCUUUGCUCUUACUGGGCCCGGUAAAGUACUAAUAUCAAUUCCAGCUAGAAUUUGA